CCAAUGAGCACACGGAUGCAGUCUCUCCAAGUCGACUCGGUCCAGCGCUGGAUGGAGGACCUCCGCCACAUGACAGAAGUGGAGUGUAUGUGUGUCCUCCAGGCCAAACCUAUCGGGGUAGAGGAGGAUGCUCAGCAGGGAGAGCUGAUUGUGGCCUCAGGGGUGGGUGCAGGGGACCACGUGGCUAGGAACAACCUGCAGACGCUCCUUCGCCGAGCGCUGGUGGUCAGCACAGAGCUCGGAAAGAUGUUCCAGCGACUGGAGAAAGGGCGGUGGCAGAGGGUCCACAGCACGGCCGUACGUGCAAAUUGCCACGUGCGCUCUUUGGUCCAUGAGUACAGUGCGGCACGAAGUACACCACCUGAGAUGCAGAAGUAUGAAAAAUCUCUGCUAGAAAAGUGCAUGGAGCUGACCAAUAUCACAGAGAGGUGCAUUCACACUGAGGACGAGUUCUUCUUGAAGUCCAUGAGGGAGGCGAUCCACGAAAUCCUUACUGAUGUCAGUGAUUCAUUCAGCAACAUGAUUGACAUGGCUUUAGCCAAUGAGAUCCAGGUUCUGAUCAAACAGAUUGAAUCGUCGGACAGUGUGCACACCAUCGGCAGUGCCAUUAGCAACCUGCUGUCCCUCACCCAGGACGGACCUCAGCUCUGCAGCAUCAUCGCCAAGGAAGGAGCUGUGGUGGCCUUGUUUAAGAUCUGCAGGCAGGACCGGUUCAAAGACCUCUACGCUCAUGCUCUGAGAACAGUGGCCUCCAUCUGCUGCGUGGAAGAGGGCAUCAACCAGCUGGACAAGGUGGAUGGGAUCUUGUGCCUGGCGGACAUCUUGACUGAUGAGAGCAGCGUGGAGGCGGCCCGUGCCGAGGCAGCGGCGGUCGUGGCUCAGAUCACCUCACCUCACCACACGUCAACACAACACCUCGCCAGCUUCCUGGAGAGUAUGCACGACAUCGUCACUGCGCUCAUCAAGUUGUGCGAGAGCGCCUCCUGUGGUGAAGUAUUCCUGCUGGCAUCUGCGGCCUUAGCCAACAUCACCUUCUUUGACAGCAUGGCCUGUGAGAUUCUCCUGCAGCUCAAUGCCAUCCAGAUCCUCUUGCAGGCCUGUAAAGACCGGCAGAGAGUCGACACACCAUACUCCAAAGACCAGGUGGUGACAAUCUUAGCAAACCUCUCAGUGUUAGAGCAGUGUGCUCCUGAAGUCCUGCAAGAACAAGGCAUAGAGCGACUGCUGCUGCUGCUGGGAGAAAAGCCGUCCUCCUCCAGUCCGUCAGAGGGCGCGGCCUGCGAGCGUGUCCAGCAGAAAGCUGCUGUCACGUUGGCCCGACUGAGCAGAGACCCUGAUGUGGCCCAAACAGCCAUCCAGCUAAAAGCUGUUCCUCGUCUUAUUGAACUGUGCCGCUCCCCUACUGAGAGAAAUAACAGCGACUCAGUACUGGUCGCUUGCCUGGCUGCCUUGAGGAGGCUGGCAGCAGGGUGUCCAGACAGCAUCGAGGCAGCCGACCACCAGCAGCUGAUCAAACCGCGGCUAGUCGACUCUUUCCUGCUGUGUUCCAACAUGGAGGAGAGCUUCGUAUGACGGCCUGCACACCAAACACUUGUGGUGGAAAACUGAACUCGUGUACAAGAUCAUGUACUGUUUCAUGACACAGGAAGGACUAAUGAGCAGUUUCACUUCAGAACAAAGUAUCUGAGAAGGAUUUUUUUUUUUUCCCCACCAGGAUUUUCCAGACUUUGUUCUGGACGCACAGUGAACGGAGCCAAACUGUAUGGCGUUAGUUUGGAUGGAUGGAUGGAUGGAAAAGACAUUUAUAUGUAAUUGUAGAUAAAUGCAUAAAAUGAAUGUGGUGUUCUAUGAAAAAAAGGUCAUUAGCUCAUAUUAUUCCACAUAGAUUCAUAAUGUCAUAUCGGUAAUGAUUUUAUAAGAGUAGGUGCUACUUUUUAAAACUAAAAGUAUAACCCGAUCUGAAAAUUAAACACUUUAUAUGCUACCGCUGUGCAAUUUUUUUUUGUUAUAAGCUGAGUAUUUAUAUUGUAUCUGAAGCAUUUGGCUGUUUUUUAACAAAGACAAAACCUUCAUACAAGAAGAUGAGACAAUAUAAUUGAUUAUGUAUGAUGAUGUAUGUCUAGUUAAAUCCUUUUCAAUGUCUCUUGUGAUGUUUAAUUGAUCAAAAAAAAAAGUGUUUUGUUAAUGUUUUCAAUCAGCAGCCACUUUAUUUGGAUAACCAAUUACAACUAAAUUAUUACAGUUGGGUUAAUUAUUACAUGUUUUGUGACAGGGCACUAUUAGUAUUUAAAGUAUGAUGAAGACAUACUGUACAUCUACAUGAUCGAUUUGUCCUAGCGUACAUUAUAGUGUUUGAAGUGUCUUGUAUGGCAUAUAGAGUUAUUUUCUUCAACUUAUUUGCCAUUAAUAUUAAUUAUUAUAUUUGCUACUGGAAAAAAAGAAUCUUUAAGAAUGGUCUUGAAUUUGAUAAAAUGCUUUUUAUUUAAUAAGGAGAACUACCAUUAAUUGUUGGCCAUGCAUGGAAUAAAGGCAAUCAUCAAUCUAAUGUUCAGUGUAUUUUAUUAUAGUAAAGUGAAUUGCUGUCAUAUGUUUUGUUA